UGAUCUAGUGACGCUGUCGCUAAGUAAUAUCUUAGAUUUUAUUGUAUAAUUCCGCGUUUUCUUACUGUUUUAUAGUUGUUUUUAUUAAACACAACUAUCUGGAAAGUAAUAAUAAAGCUUCGAGCAGUUGAACAUUGACAAAUUCGGUAAUUUACAUAAUACAUACAUUUGUAUCAUUAAUUCAGUAAAAAAAUGAUGCUAAAAUAAAUGUUUUCCUGUGCUGAGUAGUCUAAAAUUUUAAUAUCCAGAGAUACGGGCAUAAUACAGUUACUUAAGUCACCUUUAAAAAAAAUAUGAGUGAAAUCGUAGAAGUAUAUAUAAAAGUGGAACUUGAAGAAGAGGACAGUUCACGCCCGGGCGCGUGUGAGACGGAAGCAGGUAGAACAUAUGAAAAUGAGGAGAAAGAAGAGAUCGUGGUGGAGCCUGAAGUGUCGGGGUUGCUGGCAGUUAAACAAGAGGCAGAUCCCUUCUGGGAAGACAGAAUCACACCACACCCUACUGAGGAGGGCGGAAGAACACCCCGCUCUAUUCAGGAGGACAGAAGCACACCACACCCCACCCAGGAGGACAGAAGCACACUACACCCUAUUCAGGAGGAUAGAACCACACCACAGCCCAGUCAGCAGGACAGAAGCACACAACGCCCCAUCCGGGAGGCAAAGAGAGAUCUCCGACCGGAGCAUUUGAAAGCAGCCUCGGCUAUUGCCUGCAAUAUACUUAAACAAGCCGAGCAGAAAAGAAGCGCACCUCAGAAACAACAAAGAAAGCAGCCAACACAACAGCACACUUGCGACAUAUGCCAAAAAGUAUUCAACAGAAUCAACAACUUAAGGAACCAUCAGCAAACGCAUAAAAAACAAUUUUGCAAUAUUUGCCGCAAAGAUUUACUAACAAGGAAGAAAUUACGAAACCAUAUCAGGAGAUUUCACUCUGAGAAACCAUACUCCUGCAAUAUAUGCAAUAAGGAGUUCAAGGAGGCGUACGAAUUGAAAAGACAUACGCGAAUACACACCGGCGAACGGCCGUAUUUGUGCGAAAUGUGCGAAAAAUGUUUUUCCAACGCCGGCGCUUUGAAGGACCACAGACAAACUCAUAAUAAUGAGAAACGUUUCACUUGUGACACUUGUCAAAAACAAUUUAAACAGAAAUAUAGUUUGAAAAUACAUUUGCUAAAGCAUACGCAAAAGCCAUAUGCCUGCAAUAUCUGUAAUAAGGAGUUUAUAAGGUCUGCGGAUUUAAACGAACAUAUGUUAUCUCAUAGUGCAAUAAAACCAUACGCGUGCAAUAAGUGCGGCACGCAGUUUUCUAGAAAAGACACUUUUUACAGGCAUGCUAAGCGGAAGUUUUGUAUGAGUAUUUCUGAUGAGAAAGCGUUCCUUGUACGUAAUGAGGAUUGCACUUGGAGUUGAAAAUGUUUGUAUUGACACAGAAUAAAUAAUAGUACUUGGUACAGAAGCACAGAAUAUAUAAAUAGUAGUAGGUACAGAAAAUUCACUCCCUAACAAAACGCGACUACUCCGCGCAAGGCGGCGCAAGCGCGUGCAGGCGUCCAUUCUAUAGCGGUGUGCGGCAAUUACUAUGGCAAAACCUCAAAAUUGAGGCGGCCGCAGGUACUUGUAGCGACGCGACGAAAUCGCGGUGUGAGACACGCCUGACAGAAGGUCACUAACAAAACGCUUCGGUCUAUUACGACAGAUAUCAAAUAUGACCGCUAGGUGGCGCAAGCUUGAGCAGGCGUCCGUUCCGUAGCGGUGCACGGGAGUCAGCACUUAGUCCAUCGCUUUCACCUAAUAGCCUAGUAAAUCUGAGAACAAAUUAAAUUAUUUUCUAUGAAAAUAUUUUAAUUUGGGUUUUUUUCAAGUAGACACACUACUAUUUAAAGUAUAAACUGAAAUAAAUGUCAUAUACAAAGGAAAAAACUAGCCACAAGCCAAGGGGCGCCACAAGCCUUCGGGAAAUUGUCAUAUACUUAGAAAUUUCGAGCCAUGCCACCGUGACCGGAUAGCCGAGCGGUUCAGGCACCUGUCCGGUAAACGGAGGACGCUGGUUCCAUUCCAGCUCUGGACACUGGAGGCUUUGGUCAUUUUUUCCUUCGUAUAUGACAUUUAUUUCAAUUUAUAGCCUAGUAACUAGUUCAUUUUAGAUUUCAUCAACUCUCAAUAGUCCUUACACCCUGGCGGGUGUUGCCUCUGCGUGCUUCCCAUGUCCCAUGACACGGGCAAGGGCAUCAUCCGCUCGUGUACCCCUUACAUUUCAUUAAAGUGUCAAAAGGGCCUCUACGCGUUGGCUUCGGCUCCCAAAGGUCCGAAACACUAUCCUUCCGUGAUGGGAAAGACAAAAACAAUCAUAUUAAAUCAUUAUUAUUCACAACGACGGGACUUAAUCGCGUAAAAUAUGUUUUAAAUUUACCUCCGACGUUUCGAGGACGGCUAGAAGAUGUUGAUGUCAACUUUAGCCAGUCUUCUCCGAGACCACGGGGACAACGCCGUCCUCGAAACGUCAAACGUCCCGUCGUUGUGAAUAAUAAUGAGUAAAAAUCGUGAAAAUUUAAAUCAGUGUUUUAUAUUAAACAAUAUUAAAUCAUACUUAUAACCGGGUCUAUAUCGAAUUUAUUUUGUUACCAUUGAAAUGAAAUGAAAUGAAAUGAAAUGAAAACAUUUAUUGUCAGACCACAAACCUUAACGUAUGAUUCUCGCUACUCGAAUAAGGGUAGUUGGAUAAUACUUAGUUGCAUAUAUGUAUUUUUAUAAUAUACCUAUAUAUACACUGUAAAACUUAAUCAGUGAUAUUUAUAAA